CCCUCUUUUAUGAUGGUGAAAGAUUCUUUGCUGAAUGAAAUAGUCAUGUUGAAUCAUUUGAGGUUCUUAAGAAUUGGGACAGAAGUUAAAUCUAUACCUUCAUCUUUCUCAAACCUCUAGAAUCUAGAAACUCUAUGGGUUGAAAACAAUGGAUCAACCUGGGUACUGUUACCGGGUAUUUGGGAUCUUGUAAAGUUGCGAGUGUUGUGCAUUGAUGCUUGUUCUUUCCUUGAUAUGGAUACAGAUGAACCAAUACUAAUAGCAGAGCACUCAAAGUUAGAGAACUUGAGAGAUUUAAGGAUACUCGUGCUUUCUUAUUUGAAAGAAACAGAGGAUAUUUUCAUAAGGUUCCCCAAUCUUCAAAGUCUUGUAUUUGAUCUCAAGGAAUCAUGGGAUUACUCAAAAGAGCGAUAUUGGUUCCCGAAAUUGGAUCACUUAACUGAACUAGAUUACCUUAGAGCAGAUUUUGAAAGUUCAAACACAAAUGACAGUGGGCCCUCUUUAGCGACAAAUUGGUCGUGGGAUUUUCAUUUUCCUUCCAAUUUGAAAAUGUUGUCGUUGUGGGACUUUCCUCUGACAUCUGAUUCACUAUCAAGAAUAGCGAGACUAUCCAACCUUGAAGAGCGUUUCCUUGUUAGAAUAAUCACCCAGGAGGAAGAAUGGAACAUGGGGGAGGAAGACACCUUUGUGAAUCUCAAAUAUUUGGAGUUGUAUGAAGUGACUCUUGCUAAGUGGGAGACUGGAGAGAAAUCGUUUCCUGUGCUUGAGAAAUUAAAAAUGUGGGAAUGUCGUAAGCUUGAGGAGAUUCCGCCUAAUUUUUGCGAUAUUUGUUCGUUGAAAAUCAUCAUACUUGUAGAGAGCCCUCAACUUGAAGAUUCUGCUAAGAAGAUUAAUCAAUACGUUGAAGGUAUGGGAGGGGACGAGCUUCAGGUCCUGGGCCGGAGUAAUAUCCCAUUUUUUAUGUAGCUCUUCAGCACCACAAGAACAGGUUCUUCUCUAUUCUUUUGCACUGUGUUUGAUGAAAGCUUAAGGUAAUUAGGAAAAUCAUCAGGGUGUGUGUGUGUGUAAAUUAGCGUAGUGGGAUAACAUUUUGUAACCACCAUUGUGGGAUGACAUUGAUCAAUAUUUCUAUGACUUUUUAUGUUUCUUUCUUCAGUUUGUUGUAUUCCUACUUCUUCCACCUGAUAAAGUUUCAUUAGAUCCUGAAAACAAUGAAAGGAAGGGAAUGAUAAGAUACUUUGGAACAAUCAUGGAAAGAGGAAAAGAAAAUGAAGGAGACCGAGAGGAGGAAACAAACAACUCAUCGGUCAUUUCCAAAUCCGACAGAUAUCUGAAUCGAAAAUGCCAGCAAACACAGAAAGAGCAAAUCCAGUAGUAAUCAUGAAAAUGGAGGCGGAACCGAUCAUGAUACAGGAAACCAAUCAACUAGAGGAAAACGGAAGUGCGACGAAUAGAGUAAAAAUGGAGAUAUCACAUACUAUGCUAUUGCUUAGUAACUUUCAUCAAUAAAUUAUCAUCUUAAUCUUUUGUUUCGA